AUGAUCUGUGCCUGCGACGUAGAGGUAUCUCCGGCUAAAUGUAACUGUCCGGAUGAAUCGAUUACGAACAUUCGAGCUGACAUCUCCCACGUGUUUCCUAUCUCCAGUCCCUUCAUGAGACUGCUUAAGAAGGGCAACUCUUUGGCAGCAUUGUCGUCAAGAGAAGAAAUGAUCAUCGCAUUAGAGUCCACCUACAUGCGCGACAGCGCCGAGUACAUCGUCCAGCAAAACUGCAGCAUAUCGUUGGCACCGUUAACUGGAUGUUACAACUGUCAAGAAGGAGCCACAUUAACUGCGUUUUGCCAUACGAACAUACAUUCCUGGAUAGUAGUCCAUUGCGAGCAACACACAUUUUCAAUCGAGUGCGAUGUCACCAAUAAAACCACUCUACUGGCCCUUGAUUUUCAGCAGGCAGUGGUGCGCCAAGAAUGUAGUGUGGAAUGCGACGAGCGUUUGCAAAAAAUACCGUUACAAGGAACUCUUGCAUUUCUUCCACAUAUCAGUGACGAACAAAUUUUUGAGUCACAUGUGAGCUCCUGGACACCGUCGUCCACAUGGCUUCAGGACUGGAGAAUUCCCGACUUCACGCCUAUCAUAGAUACGAUUAAGAACCACUGGAAAACUUCACUUGUCCUUUUCGGAACAGCCGCAGUAAUAGCAGCGGCUAUAUACGCCAUGGGACCAGCAAUACUUCUUGCUGUCAUCCAGGUAACACCGAAAAUUCUCGGAUUUACCCUGAAGAUUACGGCCUCUGCACUUCACAUCACAUGGUUGCUCGUGAAACACACGACCAGUUGCGUAAAACGCGCUUUGGCUGUGCACAGGUCGCGAAGAAACGAUUAA